CGAUACACUACAGCUUCUAUUCUCUAAGGUUUCGCUUAUAUAUAUUUAAGUCUGAUAGCUUUUUUCUUGCCGUCUGUCUUCUAGUCAUUUUCUUCCUCCUUCCUCUGUAACAUUACAGCAAGAACCACCACUUCCAUUCUCACUUUUUCUAUAGAUAUAUACUAUUUUAAAUCAUAGAUACAAACAACGAAAUGGUUUGUCACAGUUGUUGAUUAAAAAAACGAUAAGGAGGAAUUAGCUUCACGUGGAACUGAAAAUGAAAAAGGUGAGAGUGGAAGUGGUGGUUCUUGCUGUAAUGUUACAGAGGAAGGAGGAAGAAGAUGACUAGAAGACAUACGUCAAGAAAAAAAUAUCAGAAUUAAAUAUGUAUUAGGCUAAAUAUCAAACCUUGGAGAUUGGAAACAAAGAAUCGAUUUGGCACAGUGGUUGGGCAACAUUCUAAUGAUUGACUAAGCACGGGUUCUAAACUUUCCUGCAACUGUUUUGACAAGAAUAUAUUUUUUAAUAAUUAUUAUUUUAAAGCGAAAUAAUUGCAUUAUAAUAGGUAUGCUUCCGUUAAUGACACGUCAUCAUUCAUAAAAAUUUGACUAACAGAAAAAAGUCAAUGUAUGAUUUAGCAUAGGUCAUCAGUAUAUGUACUGAUCGGGAUCACGGUCUACUCUACUGUUGAUAUAUAAAUUGAUCGAUUUUCCGUGUGAUCUUACAUUGCCCAAGACUACAAGUCCUCAAGCCUGUGAUGGUACUUUCUUCAACUCAUAUUUACAACCAUCUACGGUUUCCGAGUUUAAAGGUUUGAUGCAUUUUUACCAUUUGAUCACAUAACCAUUUUUUUUAUAAGAGGAUCUUAAAAUUUUCUGGAUUCAGCCGAGUUGUGUUCAUAAAUGUUUGUUAUUUCACCUAAAAAUUGUUGGACUAAAUAAAAGAAAGAAGUAACGAUUUAUAAAUUAAUAAUGGUUGGCUGGACUGAUUUAAUUUAAUUUUUUUAUCUCUAGCUUUUAAAAAAUCUUACGUAAAUAUAUAUGAAUAUAGGCUAAAUUUUAUAUAGAAGGAAGGAAGAUUAUAAAAUAUCCCUAAUUUUUGAGUAUGUAUCAUAUCUGGGUCGGAUUCGGAUAUUUUUGGGUUGGUUACAGUUUGAAUUUUUGGGUCCGGGUAAAAUACCAAGGUCCUAGAAAAAAAAAACUUAACAAAAUUAGGGUUUCAUUUACCUCCUUUUCUCUAUGCUCCAAAAAUAAGGUUACUCCUUCAGAUCUCUCAAACGACUGGGCGAUGAAAGCUGAGGAACUGGGAAACGAAGAGGUGACAUGUUCUGAUAGGAUCAGUGACCUACCUGAUGACUUGCUCUUUCGAAUCCUCUCAUUGGUUCCGGUAAGAAUGGCAAUGUCCACAAGCUUAUUGUCUAAACGAUGGAACUAUGUGCGGAAGAUGAUGCCAACGCUCAUGUAUGACGAAUCAUGCCCCUACAAUGGUUCCCUUGGAUUUGACCAAUUUUGUGUCAUGUCCUUGUCAUUACAUGAAGCUCCUGUUCUCAAAACCCUAUAUAUCAAACUUACAAAUCAAUAUGAUUCCAUAGAUACUCUGUUAUUCCCAAACAUUCGUUCCACUCUCCUGAAGAUCAAAAUCACGUUGUCUUCUGGUUAUCACAGUCCCAUCAGAUUCCCAAAUAACCUCAACGUCUUCAAAACACUCCUUGUCUUGAAACUCCACGGCAACUUUGUUCUGAGCUUUGUAGAUUCUCCUGUGUGCUUCCCUUCCUUGAAAAGGUUACAACUCACAUGUGUGAAUUUCCGGUGCGAAAAAUCUUUCGAAGGAAUUUUAUCGGCUUGUCCUGCUCUCGAAGAUCUCAUCCUCCAUAGACUUUGUGGUCUUGGACGUUUUUUGUUCAGUAUAUCAUCCCCUUCUCUACAGAGAUUAUCCAUUACUACACUAGGUGCCUACUAUUAUUACGAUGCCACGAUACACAAGAUAAGUGCACCUUCUUUGGAAUACUUAAAGAUCUUCGAUGACCGAGGUUGUUAUAAUUUCGUUGGUGAUAUGCCUAAGUUGGUGGAGGCGGAUGUAAAAGUUCAUCUAUCGAAAAUUAAGAAGCUUCGGAAAUUUCUUUCUUCACUUGAACGUCUUUCGAUACGUUUAUAUCCUGCAAUAAUUCUUAAUCUUACGGAUAGUUUAAUCUUCAACCGGCUUCUUCAUCUUGAAUUAGGCUACAGCUUUUACUCUAAUCUACUUCUGGGUUUGCUGAAAUAUUUUCCUAAUUUACGAUCUCUCAAGCUUGUCCAACCAUAUCUCACAGUUAACGAGGACCAACUGUACUGCUUAGUCUCUGUUCCUGAAUGCUUGAGCUUCAAUCUCGAGAAUCUCCAGUGGUCAGGCUAUGGAGGAACACUGAAUGAGAGAGAAGCUGCAGUUUACAUUCUUAAAAACGCUCAUUUUCUAAAGACUGCUACUAUCUCACUACAGAAAACGAGCAUGGAUAAUGGUCAGAUUAUGAUGAAGGAUUUGAGAUCUAUUUCCAAAGCUUCGGCCUCAUGUCAGCUUGUAAUCGAAUUAUAGAUUUUUUUUCCGGGAAAUACAUUUUGGAUUUGAAAUUGACUUUACUUCAGAAA